AUGACGACACCGAACUGGGCCCUUUCUCGAUCGAUUCACCGCACGAACGGCUUCCUCUUCCUCCUCUUCCUCCCCUUCCUCUUCUUCCUUUUGUUCCUCUUCCUCUCGGUUCCAGGUGAAAUUUCCCAAUUCGCGAUGCCCUUCGUCCAAGCCCACACCCACUCCCUGCACUAUGCCGACUCCCACCCCGCGGGUCCGCCCACUCCAUCCGGCCUCCCCAUCAUCUUCAUCCACGGCCUGGGAUCCUCUCAGAACUAUUACUUCCCCGUCCUUCCUCACCUAACCGAAACACACCGCUGCAUUACUAUUGACACCUACGGUGCCGCCCGCUCGCCCUAUACCAAUGAUGCGGUCUCCAUCCCCAGCAUUGCGGACGAUGUGAUCGGCGUCCUUGACUCUUUAAAUAUACCCCAGGCCGUGGUCGUGGGUCACUCCAUGGGCGGCCUGGUGGUGACCGAGCUGGGUGCCCGGUAUCCGAACCGGGUGCUGGGCGUGGUCGCGAUUGGCCCGACGCAUCCGUCGGAGAUGUUGGUCUCGGUGAUGGGAAAGAGGGCGGCGACCGUGUUGGAAGUCGGAAUGGAGUCCAUGGCCAACACGAUCCCAUCUGCGGCUGUGGGUUCGCGCAGCACCCCACUUCAGCGGGCGUUCAUCCGGGAGCUGUUGCUUGGCCAAGACCCUAAGGGCUAUGCCGCACUUUGUCGCGCCAUUGCGAGCGCGCAGCCGGCGGACUAUGCGGCGGUGCGAGCCCCGUUCUUGUUGAUUGCGGGCGAGGAGGACAAGUCCGCAUCGAUAGAGGGAUGUCAGCAUAUCUUCCAGCAUGUCUCAAGCGAGAAAAAAUCACUCGAGGUGUUGAAGGGCGUGGGCCACUGGCACUGUAUCGAGGCCGCCGACGAGGUAGGCCAAUUGAUUGCGCAGUUUGCGAAGGGGAUUACUCUUUAA